AUUUAACUUUUUCCCCCCUUCUCUGUCAAUCAAAUCCUAUAGGAAUCUUUAUCAAUUUAGUCUUGUGUUAAAUCAGUAAGAUAAGACUGGUUGUUGAGUCAUCUCUCUGAAUUUUUUGUUGUUAAAUUUAUCUUCAAAUAUCUCUUCCUUAUUGUUCAUUAUUUUCCAGGCAGAUAAUGGGGUCCGAGGGGCCACCAGUAGUGACCAUACAUGUGACAGGGUUUAAGAAAUUUCAUGGAGUUUCUGAGAAUCCGACUGAGACAAUUGUUAGUAAUUUGAAAGAAUAUAUGAAGAAGAAGGGUAUGCCGAAGGGCUGUAUUCUUGGUAGUUGCAAUGUUCUUGAGACUGCAGGACAGGGAGCACUUGCUCUGCUAUAUCAGACAUUGCAGUCUGCCAUAAGCGGUGAGGAUUCUGACUCAUCAAAUUCCAGAAGAAUUAUCUGGCUUCACUUUGGUGUCAACAGUGGUGCAACAAGAUUUGCAAUUGAGCAACAAGCUUAUAAUGAAGCUACUUUCCGAUGUCCUGAUGAGAUGGGAUGGAAACCUCAGAAAGUACCCAUUGUUCCCUCAGAUGGUGAAAUAACACGAGUGCGAGAGACUACUUUACCUGUUAAGGAGAUUACAAAGACCUUGGCGAAGAAUGGUUAUGAGGUGAUUACUUCUGAUGAUGCAGGCCGAUUUGUAUGCAAUUAUGUUUACUAUCAUUCCCUUCGGUUUGCAGAGCAGAAUGGAACGAAAUCACUCUUUGUUCAUGUGCCUCUCUUCUUAACCAUCGAUGAGGAGACCCAAAUACAGUUUGCAGCUUCCUUGUUGGAGGUACUUGCUUCUCUGUAUUAGUGAAACCUUUUUAUCACCCACCCCCAUCUUGAUGCCCGGGAAUUCAUAUGCUUUGUGUAUUGUUACUGAAAUGCCUUAAUAAACAGAGAUCAGUGGUUUGUCAAUGAAAAUGAAAUGUAUUUUUGGCACUUGUUUCUUCUUUAAUGUUUUUUGGAAGGUUUCGACAGUGAUCUUGAAAUUUUUGUUAAUAUUCAAUUAAAUUUCAAGUUUGUUUGCGGUUGCU